UGUGGCUGCUGCUGCUGCCAAGUCCCAGAUUGCUGCUGCUAAAACUCAGAUUGCUGCUACCAAAACUGAGAUGGCUGCUGUCAAAACUAAGAUUGCUGCUGCCAAAGCUAAGGUUGCUGCCACCACCACUAAAGCUGCUGCUGCUGCCAAGCCAGCUCAGGCUGCCGCUAGCACAUCUCGUCGGGCAAGCACUUCUCUUCCGACAUCUCGUGCCGCUUCUCGCGCUGCCUCUCGUGCUGCCAGCGCUUCUGGAUCGGCCAGCACUUCUCGUGCCCCAAGCACUGCCCGUGCUCCGACCACUGCUCGUGCUGCCACAAACGGCACACGUGCCACUGCCGCCGCCGUGGUCAAGGCCAAGGACAAGGUGCAUGGCAAUGAGUGCAACGCUUCGCUGUUGAAGUCGUGCCGCAACAUGAUUCGUGAGUUCCUCGAGAGUCAGAAUGCCUACUGAAUUGGGUUUGACUGGAUUUGAUUUGAUUUCACUUUUUAUUUUUUAU